GACAGUGAGGGGACCGGCGGCGGUCUCGGACUCCCGGAGAUGCAGCGCCCUGCUCCGCUCUCCGGAGACUUCUAAGGAGAAGGUGUCGUGUCCGUGUCACCUCGCUCAGGCUUCCACUUGGCCCCGGCUCGGGGACCCGAUGCGACAGACGCCGCGGGACAGACAGCAGAGCGCUGCGGAGAGCAGAGAGCCCCGGCGGUGGAGUCCCGCACAUGCCUUUGCGGUCACCGCGCCCGGGCCUCGGCGGGGAAGGUUUUAAGAACUGAAAGCCACAAUUCCCUGGAUGACUUGAGGAACAGAAUACGACCAAUCGAUGAUCAAGCACUUGCAAGUGAGGCAGCAGCAUACCCCCCCAUCUUGGAUUAUUUCUAGAAUCAAGACCUCCGAAUGUCAGCAGUCGGCUCCUAAUGCGUUCCAUCGUCUUCCAUCCCUCCUCACUACAUUUUUCAGAAAGAGAGGGCCUUCGGGAAACACACCCUAAAAGUGCAGUUCUGCAGGUGGCCAGGAAGCCCAGGAGACAUAAGCCAAUCAGUUCCUCUUCAGCCUAUCCAGAAGGCAGGCUACAGAGACCGGGAAGCUUUUUUUAUUUUUUGGCAGGCUAACCAUGAGAGGGUACCUGGUGGCCAUAUUCUUGAGUUCCAUCUUCCUCUAUUAUGUGCUACACUGUAUCCUGUGGGGAACUAAUGGCUAUUGGGUACCACCUGUGGAAAUAAAGGAUAAAACUCUCAAGAAAUGUCCAAAAAGGCCAGCUUUUGCUUCUCUCCUGAAGUUUCCUCAGUUUUACCCAUUUCUGUGUGCAGCUGAUUUUAAAAAGAUUGCUUCCAAGUAUGGUACCACUAAUUUUAUUUUGCCCUAUGGGAUAAAGGCAUCAGCGGAAUAUUUUCGAAUGGCCCUAUCAAAGCUGCAGAAUUGUGCUCUCUUUGAUGAGUUUGACAAUGUGCCGUGUAAAAGAUGUGUGGUGGUUGGUAAUGGAGGAGUGUUGAAGAAUAAGACAUUAGGAGAAAAAAUCGACUCCUAUGAUGUAAUAAUAAGAAUGAAUAACGGUCCUGUUUUAGGACAUGAAGAGGAUGUUGGGAGAAGGACCACCUUCAGGCUUUUUUAUCCAGAGUCUGUUUUUUCAGACCCUGCUCACAAUGAUCCCAAUACCACAGCAGUUCUUGUUGUCUUUAAGACACAGGACUUAAGGUGGCUUUUGGAUGUAACAAGAGGAAACAAUGUAAACACUAAUGGCUUUUGGAAGAUGCCAGCCUUAAACUUGAUCUAUGAACCAUACCAAAUCAGAAUAUUAGAUCCAUACAUUAUCAGAGAAGCAGCUCAUAAACUGCUUCAUUUUCCCAAAGUGUUUCCUGAAAAUCAGAAACCCAAACACCCUACAACAGGAAUUAUUGCCAUCACGCUGGCAUUUCAUAUAUGUAGUGAAAUUCACCUCGCCGGUUUUAAGUACAACUUUAACAACCCAAACAGUUCUUUACACUACUAUGGAAAUGCCACCAUGUCUUUGAUGAAUAAGAAUGCGUAUCACAAUGUGACUGCAGAGCAGCUCUUUUUAAAGAGCAUUAUAGAGAAAAAUAUGGUAAUCAACUUGACUCAAGAUUGACCAUACUGAUCAAAUAUUAGUUUUAUUUUUGUACUGCAAAUUUUAGUUUAUUUUGAAAUGUGUUGAAUGAACUCAUCAAUUAUGUAUGUUAAGUCUGUUGCUACCUGGUGAUUUGUACUUACCAGCUUGAUUCUGUGAAUAUAUUUAUGAAACACACACACACAACCCCUUUAGUCAAGCUAUCAGGGAAGUAUGUAAAGUUCUGACUGUGUUUUUAAAACAAGCUAAUGUUUUGAGGUGUUUUAAAAUACCUUUUGUAGUUCCUUCAUCUUUAAUAGUUCCAGGUGACUUAGUUGAUAUCACUAGUUUUGAUGGUCACAUGUCAUUCUGAGACAAUUAUGUUAUUCCUGGUAUAUGACUGGGAGCCAGGUGCAGAAACUAGAACCACUUAGUUGUGGAGUGCACAGUGUGGUGGUGUUCAUAGCGGUUUGGUAAAUUCCCCAUGUAAUCAGUUAAACCAGUAAUAACAUGCUGUGUUAGUAAAUCAGAGCCUUUCUUGUACAUGCUUGAUAAGCACACUCGCCUUGAUGAGCAUCCUGAGAUUUUGACAGGGGUGGAGGUGGGAUGGGUUCUUACUAAGUAGCCUAGGCUGGCCUUGAACUUGGUCUUUUGCCUCACCCUCCUAAAUUCUGAGAUUAUAAUUAUGUGCCAGUGCACCUGCAGUAUCAUUUUUUAUACAAGGUUUAUGUAAACUCUGGAUGGUCUAGAAGCCACAGUGUAGUUCAGGCUGGCCUUGAACUUGGAGGGGCUACCUUUGCCUCCAGAGUGCUGGGAUUAAAGGAGUAUCAGAUUGAAAACCGCUACACAAGGUCAAUGAGAAAACUUAUCUUCCCAGUCUAAUGUAUUCAUCAACUCUUAAAUGUUUAUUUGGAGCAAAUCAGAAAAGUAAAACAAUGAAAGUUGUAAAGCCUUAA